GGCUCCCAGGAGCAGUGUCCUCCAGGAACGGGGACCGGCAGGACGCCCCUCGCGAGUGUGCUCAGGAGGCAGUGUCCUGCCGCACUCAGGAUGAAGCUGGACCUGGCUCUUUCCGGCACUCUCAUCAGCCUGGCCGUGUUGGUGCUGCUGCCUCCUGGAUGUGCCCAGCAGGCUGCGGACGACGCCUGCUCGGUGCAGAUCCUCGUCCCGGGCCUCAAAGGGGACGCGGGGGAGAAGGGGGACAAAGGCGCCCCAGGACGGCCUGGACGAGUCGGCCCCACGGGAGAAAAAGGAGACAUGGGGGACAAAGGACAGAAAGGCAGUGUGGGUCGUCAUGGAAAGAUUGGUCCCAUUGGUGCUAAAGGUGAAAAAGGAGAUUCUGGUGACAUAGGACCCCCUGGUCCAAAUGGAGAACCAGGCAUCCCGUGUGAGUGCAGCCAGCUCCGCAAGGCCAUUGGCGAGAUGGACAACCAGGUCACCCAGCUGACAAGCGAGCUGAAGUUCAUAAAAAAUGCCCUGCCCUCCCCCGCAGCUGUGGCCGGCGUGCGGGAGACGGACAGCAAGCUGUACCUGCUGGUGAAGGAGGAGAAGAGGUACGCAGACGCCCAGCUGUCCUGCCAGGGCCGCGGCGGCACGCUGGGCAUGCCCAAGGACGAAGCGACCAACGGGCUCAUGGCCGCGUACAUGGCGCAGGCGGGCCUGGCACGCGUCUUCAUCGGCAUCAACGACCUGGAGCAGGAGGGCGCCUUCGUGUACUCGGACCGCACGCCUGUGCAGGCCUUCAGCAAGUGGCGCAGCGGCGAGCCCAACAACGCCUACGACGAGGAGGACUGCGUGGAGAUGGUGGCCUCCGGGGGCUGGAACGACGUGGCCUGCCACAUCACCAUGUACUUCCUGUGCGAGUUCGACAAGGAGAGCGUGUGAGCCAGGCUGCGGGUCCUCCCGCCUUGUGCCAGCUCACGGCUGGGGGCUUUAACCCGCACUGGGACAGACGCCGGGUCUUCAGUCACUUCUUUCUCUCUGAGCUCUGUGGGAGAGCAGGUGCACUUCACUUCAGCGAGGUUGAAAGACAGGUUCCCUCUCGCUAUUACCCAGGUAGGGACUGUUUGCUUUUGCUGUAAGCCCAGACUUCAGGUAACCAAAAUAAAUUCUCCAAACUUUA